AUGUACAUACAUUAAGCUCUUUCCUGUUUCCGGAUUCUGAUUGCUGCAACGUGUUAAAAAUGCUGACAAAAUUACCGAUUGAGAUCAUCGACAAAAUUCUCGGUUACCUGCCAGAGGAAGACCAACUGCAAGUGGCCCAAGUCAAUCAGCAGCUUGGCCUAGCAUUUGCCUAUCACGCUAAAGAAGAAUAUAAAACACUUUUUUUCUAUAAAUUUGAGGGAAAUAAAUUACAGUGGCGCUAUACACACGACGAACUAAGAGUCAUUCUUUCAUUAUGUGGAUCCACUGUUGAAAAAAUUAUAGCCGAACCUGUGAUUUUAUCGCCUGAAAUUAACGAACUCAUAGAAAAGUACUGCAUUAAUUUGAAAACUUUCGUGUCGAUUCUCCAAUUUCUUCAAAGUUGUUUUGUGGCCAAUCCAAAUAUGAUAAUAAGCAACUUUGAUGAAUUAGUGCGGAGUCUUAAAUAGUUCGACAUGGACUCGGAAAUGCCAACUUGCCCGGAGCCCAAUCGUUUUGAAAUUGAAUUGUCAACACACUGGAUAGUCAAACAUUGUUUCCUAUACACAUAGGAUAUAAUUUAGUUCUCAGAAAGAGUAAUGGAGAUU